CUGGGAGCCCCGGCGGGAAGCUCGGGCCUAGAGGGCAGCUGGGGACAGCAGGCCCGGAGGGGCGCGUGCCCUCCGGUGGCCGGACGCGCCCGGGCUCCCGGCUGAAGGCAGGAGCGGCCGGGCCCUCAGAGCCGAGGUCAGCCCGCUGGCGCCUCCAGGGCUUUGGAGACUGAGGCUGGGCUCGAGUGCUGCUUCGGUGAGGGACCCCGAAGAAGGCGGGAAGCAGGCAGGGACCUGGGUCAUGCGGGUCACUCGAGGCCAGCCCUGGAGUGCUGCGGACUCGGGAGACGGCCUCAGCCCCUGCCUGCCCUUGAGUGCCCUUAUUUUCUGGGCCAAGCCUCCGGCCCCCGGCUGCAUCAGGGGAUGUGUUGCUUGCUGCAGGUAUCCCUCCCCUGUGGCUUGGGGAACUGCCUGGGGUGGCCACUUGGAGUGGAGGAUAGCCGCGAGAGUCCCUUCUGCGCCAGCCAUCAGCAUUUGCACCGACUCAGGAAGUUACAGAAAGUGGUCCCUGACAAUUCAGCUCUUCUUGCUGGCUGCAAAAGGGGCCUUCUACUCCUGACCCGUGAACCCUUGUGUGUCCAGUUGGCCACACUGGCGGGACUGUCAGGUCCCCUUAGUGCCCUGGAGCUUGUUACCAAACUGCAGGAAACAGGACCGGAAAGCAACCGGAAAGCCUAGAACAUGUGAGGCAGGCCUGGCUUUUUGGAGUCCUGCAACUCAAAGGCCAGUGGAGAAAACCAGGCCUCAGUUGGGUGCCCAGUCGGGCAUGUGCGCCUCCUAUGGGGACCCCUGAGUUCCCUCUGCCCAGGUCUGAGGGCUGCAGAAGUGUGAGUCACAAUUAGGUGUGGAGAAUGCCCCAUAAUUGCCUCCUUGCUCUCAGAGUCUGGGACUCGGGGAGGAGGCGAGGGUAAUUCUACCCUUCCAGUUCAGAGUGACUUUCUCAAAUGUGGAGAGGGGUAAGACAGAUAGGGUUUCCUGGCCCCAGAUAGACAUGGGGAGCUCCUGCUCUGCUGCCCUGCUGGGGAGGCAGGUCUUGUGGGAAGCCAGCCCAGCCUUGCCUUGGGCUUGGGCAUGUCUUACUUGCGCUGAGGUCCUUCUGCUUCUUGGAGGAGCACCCCUCUUUCUUCCCCUUCCAUCUCUGCAUCUGAGACUCUCUGGAGCUGCUUGAUUGGCAGACAGGCUACUGACCUCAAGUUCUCGAGGGAGCCAGGCUCAAACCCUGCUGGGCCCAGGCUCAGUGACUUCACAGGGACGUACUGUCUGGGCUUCCACAGACCCUGCUCUCUGGGAGCAGUAAGUGGCUGGCCCCUCUAAUCCUGUGUCAGUUGUACAGAUGAGGAAACCGAGGCUGAGGGACAGCAGUUCUGGCAGGGGAGGAGCCGAGGGAGGCCGAACAUCCAAGCCUCUGGCUCACGUAGCUGCCUUUCUACUUCCUCAUUCUGCCACCUCAUAUGUAAAUCCUAGAAAACCGUAGAUGUUGUUCAGGGGCCUCAGCCCGCUGGUGACAACCCUGAAAGAGGGCAUCCGUCCACAUGGCCGUUCUGGGCAGAGCAGCCCCUGGUCCAGCCCUCUGGCCCUUGACGUGACUCCUUGGCUCACGGCACCAGGCGUGGACGCGUGCUGAGGCGGCAAAUGACAUAAUUAAACAGAAACAAGUUGGGCUCUUUGCAAAUGCAGCUACAGAAACCCAGGAAGGCUGGUGACCUAUCACUUCCAGGUGGGUCCUGGGCUGCCACUGCCCUCGACUGUAGGUGAAAAGACAGAGGUGUAGGGGGUGGGUUUGGUUGCUCUUUUCCAUAGAUGUUGAGAGAGAGUCUGGGCCCCGGCCCAGGGGAAGGGCUCUGCCUGCCCCGAGGAUGGGCUCUGCCUGCCCCCGGCCUGCCCAGGGGCCUCUGCUCUGUAGUCGUCCUGCGCGGCUGCGGCCCCGCCUCACUGUUCCGUCUUCCGGUCCUGCCCUCGCCCUGCUGCCCAGCGCCUGGCACGGCAGGAGCAUCCAGAGCACGGUGUGACUAUGUUGUUCUUCCACGUCCCUCCUGACCCCUCAGCGAGGACGCAGGCUUCCCUGCCGCCUGGCUGUCCCCUCGUGGUGUCGUGAGCAGAGCCACUUGACCCCACACCCUGCCCUGCUGAGGAUACCCAGAAGGUCCGCCCUGCUCUGAUGUUUCCCCUCCGGCCCACCCAGGCUCCCUUCUAGGACGUGCCAGCGGCACUCGCACUUGGCACGGCCCUGUGUCCCCUGCUGGCCGUGAGCGCGUAGAGGGCAGGGGCUGUUCUGUUCCUGGACAGGCCCAGCGCUGCCUAGCCCCAGCCGGCGGGUGGUCAGGCAGCCCUGGCUCACUUGGAUUCUCAAGUCCGAGGGGAGGGAGGGCGCCGCAGCGUACUUGGGAGUGGGACACCUGACCUCAGCUCAUUUCUGAAUCUGAGAAAGGCCCUGCUGCCUUGUGACCCUCGCGUGAGCAUCUCGCUGCUCGGCCACACCCUGUCACUCGGGGUCUCGCGCAGUCGAAUGGAGACCCCAUGACGAGUGGCCCGACGAGGUGUCUAGGUGUCCACGUGGGGUCUGUGGACAGCCACGUUGGUGCCGCAGUAACUGGGCCUGCAGGGAACGGGGAUGGGGGGGCAGAGGGGCCUCCUAGCUCAAUGCAGAGACCCCAGGAAGGACAGGGUGGGGCCCCAGCAUGAGCCACAAGGCCCUGGGCAUCAGGCUGUCCUCUGCGCGUUGCUGCACAGGGAGCAAACUGUGGCCCUCCCUCGAGGACGCAUCUGGGGCACCCGGGCAGACUCUCGUGCAUCCUGUGGAGCGACAUGCCUCGACCUCACCCCACCUGUCCUGACUGAUGCCCUUGUGGCUCUGCUGCCCCACACCCAUUCCUCCCUCAGCUUCCCGAGGGCAGAGGGCAGCUGUGGUCCCUGUCCCCCUGGUAGGUAGCCAGGGUGGAGGAGGUGCCUGGAUAGGGCUUCAGGAUAUCUGGGAGAAAAUGGGUCGAUAGCUGCUGUUUGAAAAUGUCGCACUAUGCCCAGCUGCAGACAGUCCUGGCGGCGUCCUGCUCCUGUGCGGAAGCAGCUCGCUGGGCAGCACAGGGAAUCUCUCCCAGUGCCUCCCCUCUGCUUUCCCUGCAAAAGUUGCCCUUUGGCCAGAGUCACCGGGCAGGCCGCACCUCUACACCUUGUCCGCCUUGCCUCGUUCCCCGCCUCCUGCCCCUUCAAUGGGAGAGGCCGUGGCUUCUGGAGCCCUUGCCCUUCCUGAAAAGGUGCCUGUGGAGAGGCCGACUCAUGGGGAGGAAGUGCCCGGAGGCCUCCUUGGGGCGCAGGGCCACACAGCUCCCCGUCUGCCUCUCUUCAGGGUGAGCGGGAGAUGCGAGUGCCGCCACCCCAUGACCCCUACUUUGCCACCGGCAAGGCCACCAGGUUGCCAAGGCGAGGGCUGCACCUGCUGCCACUUGGCAGGCAGAAAUAUAGAAGUGCCAAAAAUCGAGAGUGCUUGUCUUGUCCUUUUUUUUCCCUGUUAAAAAUAGUAUUCAAUGUUAAACAUCGUUGAACUUGUGAACUAAGAACUGAAAUCCCGAGAAUGUUCCUGUUUCCCUGACAGUACAAUUUCGAAACUCCCUUUUCCAUGAUGUGUGGUUGAGGUGGUGCCACUGCAGAGACAUGGAAGGACACACGGUGAUACCCCCACUCCUGCCUUUCCCGUCCUUCCAGGCCGCCCCCACGCCCUGGGAGCCUCUCAGGACGUGAUCUUUGCUGUCAUUUUAGACACGCCCAUCUCUUCUCCUCCCACCCAGGGAAGCCAGGCAAUUCGGAAAGCAGAGGGAACCAGUCCGUCAAAGGGUGGAUUGGUGGGUAUCUCAGAGCUGCCCUGAAUGGGCCAAGGAAAGGAGGCCCUGCCCAGGGCGGGCUGUGCGCUGCAGUCCUGUGAGCUCCGCAAGCAGCCAGGCCUGUUCCCCGACUCCCAGCCUCGGGCUGGCGGCUGCAGCCUUCGGAGGCUGUGAAGUCCUUGGCCACACGAAGAAAGCUGGAACCAGAAGAGAAGAACUGCCUCAGGGUGUGUUCUGGUGCUGGCAAGAGGUUCAGGGCAGGCCACGCUUCCUCCCAGCCGGCCGCCCUGUCUCCGGCGCGGGCACUCUCCUCCCUCCAUGCUCCACUUCGCCCGCUGCCGCCGGCCAGAGGUGACCAGGCCCGGCUCUGCGCGCGGCCCAUGUCAGGGGGGCCAUGGGGAGCUCCGCCUCCUCCCUGGCCGCCGAGACCGAGUCGGACCACAGCUUCCCCAGGGGGCCGCCCUACCCGGGGCCCCUGGCAGCAGCCGGCUGGUGUAGGAGCGGCCCAGGGGGGCCUGUCUGGGGAGGCGCCCUGGUCACCCGGCAGCACCAGCCCCCGCGCCCCCGGGCCCGCAGCCACACCCACUCUCCCGGGUCUAUGGCCGCGGUCGGGGAGUGGUCCUGCACGCGCUGCACCUUCCUGAACCCGGCCGGCCAGCGCCAGUGCUCCAUCUGCGAGGCCCCCCGGCACAAGCCCGACCUCGACCAGAUCCUGCGGCUCAGCGUGGAGGAGCAGAAGUGGCCCUGUGCCCGCUGCACCUUCCGGAACCUCCUGGGCAGGGAAGCCUGUGAAGUAUGCGGCUUUGCCCCGGAGCCUGUGCUGGGGGCCUCCCUGCCAGUCAUCAAUGGGGUCCUGCCCAAGACGUCCGCCGCCCUGGCGGAGCCCAAGGGUGGCUGCCAGGAGGAGGCAGGGCCCAUGCGGACAGGUGGGCCGGCGGCAGUGGAGCCGGCCGGGGGCCACCCCGAGGCAGAGGAGGCGGGGGCUGAAGAGUCUGGAAGCGGAUGGGCGUGCCCACGCUGCACGCUGCACAACACGCCCGUGGCCACCUCCUGCUCUGCCUGCGGGGGGCCCCGGAAACUCUCGCUGCCCCGGAUCCCUCCCGAGGCCCUGGUGGUCCCCGAAGUCGUGGCCCCUGCCGGCUUCCACGCUGUGCCUGCCGGGCCCCAGCCAGGCCCCUCCACCGAUGGCACCGAGGGCGACCUGGCCCCCGCCAGCCAGGAACCCCCCAGGCGGCCGCCCUUCAGCCCCUUCUCCGCUGCCCUGCAGAACAACCCCGUGCCCCGCAGCCGCCGGGAGGUGCCCCCCCAGCUGCAGCCACCGGUGCCUGAGGCUGCUCAGCCCUCGCCCUCCGCCGGCUCCCGGGCAUCCCCCCAGGGCCCGGGUCGGGCCCCGGCUGCGGCUGGCGCCUCCCGCCUGGCCGAGCUGCUGUCCGGCAAGCGGCUGAGCGUGCUGGAGGAGGAGGCCACGGCGGAGGCUGGCCCUGCCCAUGCCGAGGCCGGCAGCUGCGCCCUGGGCAGCGACGUCAUAGACCUGACCGGGGACACCGUGCGCUACACGCCCGCCAGCCCCUCCAGCCCUGACUUCACCACCUGGUCCUGCGCCAGGUGCACGCUCAGGAAUCCCACGGCGGUCCCCCGGUGCACCGCCUGCGGCUGCUCCAAGCUGCACGGCUUCCAGGAGCACAGCGAGCCGCCCGCCUGCUGCCCAGACUGCGGCGCGGACAAGCCCGGCCCCUGCGGCGGCUGCGGACGGGCCCCCAAGGCCGGCCGCCUCCUGCCCGAGCGUGCAGCCCAGUGGGCCUGCCCCGCCUGCACCCUGCUCAACGCGCCCCGGGCCAAGCACUGCGCCGCCUGCCACACGCCCCAGCUGCUGGUGGCCCAGCGCCGCGGGGCCGCGCCCCUAAAGCGCAGGGAGAGCAUGCACGUGGAGAAGCGGAGGCAGACGGACGAGGGCGAGGCCAAGGCCCUGUGGGAGAAUAUCGUGGCCUUCUGCCGCGAGAACAGCGUGAACUUCGUGGACGACAGCUUCCCUCCCGGGCCCCAGUCCGUGGGCUUCCCCACGGGCGACAGCGUCCAGCAGCGCGUGAAGCAGUGGCUGCGGCCCCACGAAAUCAACUGCUCCGUCUUCCGGGACCAGGGAGCCCCGUGGUCCGUGUUCCACACGCUGCGGCCCUCGGACAUCCUGCAGGGGCUGCUGGGGAACUGCUGGUUCCUGAGCGCGCUGGCGGUGCUGGCCGAGCGGCCGGACCUGGUGGAGCGGGUGAUGGUCACGCGCAGCCUGUGUGCAGAGGGCGCCUACCAGGUGCGCCUGUGCAAGGACGGCACGUGGACCACGGUGCUGGUGGACGACAUGCUGCCCUGCGACGAGGCCGGCUUCCUGCUCUUCUCGCAGGCGCAGCGGAAGCAGCUCUGGGUGGCUCUCAUCGAGAAGGCGCUGGCCAAGCUGCACGGCUCCUACUUUGCCCUCCAGGCGGGCCGCGCCAUCGAGGGCCUGGCCACGCUCACCGGCGCCCCCUGCGAGAGCCUGGCGCUGCAGGUCAGCUCCACUAACCCCCGCGAGGAGCCCGUUGACACUGACCUCAUCUGGGCCAAAAUGCUGAGUUCUAAGGAGGCUGGGUUCCUCAUGGGCGCCUCCUGUGGGGGCGGGAACAUGAAGGUGGACGACGCGGCGUAUGAGAGCCUGGGCCUGCGCCCCCGCCACGCCUACUCCAUCCUGGACGUCCGCGACGUCCAGGGCACCAGGCUGCUGCGGCUCCGGAACCCGUGGGGCCGCUUCUCCUGGAACGGCAGCUGGUCGGACGAGUGGCCGCACUGGCCGGGGCACCUGCGCGGCGAGCUCAUGCCCCACGGCAGCAGCGAGGGCGUCUUCUGGAUGGAGUACAGCGACUUCAUCAGGUACUUCGACUCGGUGGACAUCUGCAAGGUGCACUCGGACUGGCAGGAGGUGCGCGUGCAGGGCUGCUUCCCCAGCUCCGCCUGCGGGCCCGUGGGCGUGACGGCGCUGACGGUGCUGGAGCGUGCCUCGCUGGAGUUCGCGCUCUUCCAGGAGGGCAGCAGGCGCUCGGACGCAGGGGACAGCCACUUGCUGGACCUGUGCAUCCUGGUGUUCCGGGCCACCUUCGGCAGCGGCGGCCACCUGAGCCUGGGCCGCCUCCUGGCCCACAGCAAACGCGCCGUCAAGAAGUUCGUCAACUGCGACGUCAUGCUGGAGCCCGGCGAGUACGCCGUGGUGUGCUGUGCCUUCAACCACUGGAGCCCCGCCCCGCCGGGCCCCCCCGCCGCGCAGGCCUCCAGCCCCUCGGCAGGAGCCCCGCGAGACACCCCCGCGCCACCCGGCCAUGUGCUGGCCGUGUACAGCUCGAGGCUGGUCAUGGUGGAACCGGUGGAGGCCCAGCCGACCACGCUGGCCGACGCCAUCAUCCUGCUCACCGAGAGCCGGGGCGAGCGGCACGAGGGCCGCGAGGGCAUGACCUGCUACUACCUGACACACGGCUGGGCGGGGCUCAUCGUGGUGGUGGAGAACCGGCACCCGCGAUCCUUCCUGCACGUGCAGUGUGACUGCACCGACAGCUUCAACGUGGUGUCCACGCGUGGCAGCCUGCGCACGCAGGACAGCGUGCCGCCCCUGCACAGGCAGGUCCUGGUGAUCCUGUCGCAGCUAGAGGGCAACGCCGGCUUCUCCAUCACCCACCGCCUGGCGCACCGCAAGGCGGCCCAGGCCUUCCUCAGCGACUGGACGGCCUCCAAGGGCACACACAGCCCCCCACUCACGUCCGAGGUGGCCGGUCUGCAUGGGCCACGGCCACUCUGACCACCGUGGUCCAGGGCCAGGCCGUGGGCACUCGGACCGCCGGCCCACCCCACACGCACUUUAUGAGGGAGACCCUGACGGAAGACGCUUGAACAGAAUCUCAGGACCCGCCCAGGGAGCCUCUGGCUGCGGCUUCCCGCGGCCCCCCAACCCCUUGCCUGCCGUCCGCCUGACCAGGCCUCCCGGCCGCCAAGCAGAAUACCUCGAACCAGGCGGGCUGCCAGCCUCGGGGACAGCAGCGACGGGCGGGCCCGAGGCCAGGCUGCCCCCCGGGGGUGGUUCUCCUGCCAGAGCGCGCGCCUACAGCUCUGCUCACAAAACCAAAUCUGGGUGUCAGAGGUCACGACCGUGGUGAGAUCAGGAACCACCGUCUGUGGGGCCUGGGGUCGGAACCUAGCUCUGCCCCCGAGCCUGGCGCCGAGCGGCAUGUCCUGGGAGGCGGGUGCCUGUCUUGGGGAAGGAGGGACCCCGUCCGGCCUCCCUGCCAGCGACACUAUGCAAUUCCCAGAGCGCCUGCCAGGAUCGAAGCCAUGACCGGGGCCGGCAGGCUGGGAGCCUGGCCUUGCUACUGUCGGGGGUGGGGGGCCAUAUCCUCGGCACCACCAGGCCCCUGCCAGGCAGGCCAGGGGCCGGCAGCGUCCUGGGCAGCCGAGGCCCAGGCCCAGGCAGAGCGUGGCACCGCACCUUCCCUGCCAGACGCCCUGGGAGCUGAGCCGCCCGCCUGCACAGCGACUCCCCAGCCGCUUUGGAGGCAGCUUCCUAGGCCCCCAGCCGGCCCUCCCCCUGCGGCCCAGGGCAGCAGCAGCCAGCCAGCCCCCACCCCUCCUGUCCCGAGGGGCGGGGGGUUUUUACACCUAGAGAAACAUUCCCCUCUCCCCUUCGGGCCUCCUUUUACUCUGAGCUGUGAAUAUUUUUAACCCUGUACAUACGGCCAGCUCUUCUGACACAGAGACUAUUUUAUCAAUUGUCAACCCUGUCCCGUACGAUGCGACCCUCAUGGUGGUUUCCAGACUCAGGCUCCAGUGGACCAAAUAAAGCGUUUUGUUUUGUA